AUGACCGGGCCGCCGUCCUCUUCAUACCCCGGCCAGGUCCCGCCGCCAGCCGCCGUGAUUUCCCCGGAAAACGAGGAGAAAAGCUCGGUUUCGCCCGAAACUUCGCCGGCUUCGUUCUCCAUCUUCCGGCCGCCAUUUUUGGCGAUCAAGGGAUUACCAGGAUCGUGUAGGAUUCGACGGAUCUUAAAACGGAGUCCCGGAUACUCCGGAAAUACCAACCCUGAGGUUAGGGUUUUAGUAACCGUCCGAUCGUGCGAUCGUGAGCGAUCCGACCGUCCGAUCUGGACCAAACUUGCAGGACGUGCAUCCUAG